AGGUGUGACAGGACCAGGGAGCCGUGCCAGGUGUGGUGCCCGGGGUGCCACUUGUGCUGGGGAGGCAGAUGGGGAGCGAGGGCAAGAGAGGAAGGCACGAAGCUGGCUCUCCUGCCUGCCCAGGCUGCCACCACCUCUCACAACAGAUGCAAUUCCCUCGUGCUCUGCUUUCUGCCUGAAAGGGUAAUGCAGUGGCCAAGGUUUUUCUGGGUCAGUGGAACCUGCACAACCGGUAUCUUCACAGAAACUCCAGGUCUGUCUGCAGCACAAGGAAUGGGACAGGCACAUAAGGACUAUAAAAAGACCUCUAACAGGCAAAUGAAAGAGCCCUGAGGAAGAAGUGGCAGUGGGCAGUGUGAAUCACCAGAAGUGACUGUGCACGCCUUCAUACACCACUAUAUGCUAAAUCGGUAAUAAAAUGGUCACAGCCCUAGACAUGGGCUUUGCCAGGCUUGCACAUGCAAAGCUUUCCAGCGUGCUGCUGCUGCUGUUGAGUGUGGUAUCCUGUUCUAAUGCUGCUCAUGGGGCUGAGCCCAGCCUGGGCAAGAGGUCCUUGCUUCACUAUGAACAUGAGUCCAGUGGUGCUGUUGACUCUUCUGAAGAUAUGAGGUUACAUGUUUUCACACUGGACUAUGACUAUGUGCAAAUUCCCUAUGAAGUUACCCUUUGGAUCCUCCUUGCCUCUUUUGCAAAAAUAGGUUUCCACAUCUUUCACCGGUUACCAAAACUUAUGCCUGAAAGCUGCAUCCUGAUUGCCAUUGGAGCACUGGUAGGAGCAAUCAUCUUUGCUUCCCAUCACAAAUCUCCACCAGUGAUGGACAGUAGUAUUUACUUCUUGUAUCUCCUCCCACCCAUUAUUCUGGAGGAGGGUUAUUUCAUGCCAACUCGACCAUUUUUUGAAAACUUUGGAUCCAUUCUGUGGUGGUCUGUUCUGGGAGCUCUGCUGAGCUCAUUUGGGAUUGGCCUCUCGCUCUAUGGAGUCUGCCAGAUCGAAGCCUUUGGCCUGAGUGACCUGAGCCUGCUGCAGAACUUGCUCUUUGGCAGCAUGAUUUCAGCAGUGGACCCCGUGGCAGCGCUGGUGGUUUUUGAAGAAGCCUCCGUUAACGAGCAGCUUUACAUGAUGAUCUUUGGAGAGUCACUGCUGAAUGAUGGCAUAACUGUGGUUUUAUACAACAUCUUCAUCGCCUUCACCCAGAUGCACAGGUAUGAAGAAAUUGAGUCCAUCGAUGUCUUUGCUGGCUUUGCUCGCUUCUUCGUGGUGGGGCUGGGUGGAGUCUUGUUUGGCAUCGUGUUUGGAUUUGUCUCAGCAUUCAUGACUCGUUUCACCCGCAACGUCUCUUCCAUCGAACCCCUGCUGGUCUUCAUGUUCAGCUACCUCUCAUACUUGUCUGCUGAAACCCUUUACAUCUCUGGCAUUUUGGCGAUGACAGCAUGUGCAGUGACAAUGAAAAAAUACGUGGAGGAGAAUGUUUCCCAGAAUUCUUACACCACAAUAAAAUAUUUCAUGAAGAUGCUAAGCAGCAUCAGUGAGACUCUGAUUUUUGUGUUCAUGGGAGUGUCUACAGUGGGGAAGAACCAUGAAUGGAACUGGGCCUUCAUUUGUUUCACUCUGUUCUUCUGCCUCACUUGGCGGGUGCUGAGUGUGUUUGCUCUCUUCUACGUCAGUAACAAGUUCCGAACAUAUCCCUUCACCUUCAAAGACCAACUCAUCAUUUCUUACAGUGGCCUCCGAGGAGCCAGCAGCUUUUCUCUUGCAUUCUUGCUUCCAGUGAAUCUUUUCCCCAGAAAAAAACUAUUCAUCACUGCUACCAUUGUGGUUAUAUAUUUCACUGUGUUCAUCCAAGGAAUCACAAUUGGACCUUUGGUCAGAUAUCUGGAUGUUAAAAAGACGAACAAAAAAGAAUCUAUCAAUGAAGAAAUUCACGUGCGAUUGAUGGAUCACUUAAAGGCUGGUAUUGAAGACAUAUGUGGACAUUGGAGUCAUUAUCAGCUGAGAGAUAAAUUUAAGAAGUUUGAUAAUAAGUAUUUGAAGAAAAUUUUAAUUCGGGAACACCAGCCCAAAUCCAGCCUUGUGUCAUUGUACAAAAAGAUGGAGAUAAAACUGGCCAUCGAGAUGGCUGAGAGUGGCAUGAAAAUUUCAAAACCAUCCACUACUUCUUUACAGAGCGGCAAGAAGCAGCGUGCACACAGGCUGUCCCCGGCAGAGGUGGAGGCCAUGCGGGACGUCCUGGCACACAACCUGUACCAAGUGCGGCAAAGGGCACCAGCAUACAACAGGCACAAUCUUCCUACUGAGACAAGUGAGAAACAAGUGCAAGAAAUCCUCAUCCGUCGGGAACACAGCCUGAGGCUAAGUUGCAGGAAGGGAAACAGCUUGCCUUGGGGUAGACCGGUUAAGACCACGGAAAUACGCUACCUCUCCUUGCCUCAGGGUCCACGCCAGCCCACUAGAAGAAAAGCCAGGCAUGUUACUUUUACAGAUCAGCACAGGAGUGGCUCUGAUGCUGCGCUGCCAUGGACAUCGAGGUCCCAGCCCCGACCACGGCCGCUGGAAGCACAGCAGCGCCAGGAGCUGAUUCCAAUGGCACACCUGGACAGACGAGCUGCUCCAUCCAACCUGCCAGCUCGCAGAGGAAAUUCAAUCAGGCCUCAUCAUUUCACCAGAGCACACAAUCCAGCUCCCAUGCCAAGGGCUCGCUUCACUGUCAGAGAGGUGGAGGAGUAUGAGUCAGAAGAAGAGACAGAAACAAUGGCACCAGCCAGGCCAUUAGUUAUAUGAGGAGCAGAGAUCAUCAGUGUUUGCAUCUCUAGGGCCCUUGUUGCACUGCUUCUAAAGAAAUAACAAAGCUUUUAUAUGAACCAAACUAUGAUUUUCCUCUGGGGACCAGUGUGCUUGCUCUCGUAUCACUUUCAAGAGUUGUAUUAAGGUACUUAGUGGCUCAGAGAAGACUCAAAUUCUUAUGGGCUAAUAUCAAGCUUUCUUUCCAACAAAACACUCCAGGAAAGAGGAGAACAUGAUAUUUGUAGGGGUUUGGAUGUGGAUUUAAACAGCAGUAGUUGGGUGCAUGAAGUGCUAUGGAUGAAAGAUGACACUGCCUCUGUUUCAUGCUAUGGUCUGCAUCCAGAAAUAUCUAAAGGCAUCUCUGACUUGUGAAUGCACAGAUUGAUUACCUCAACUUCCAUAGAGCUUUUUCAUUUCAGAUCAGAAUCAGCUGCAUUCUGGAAAAGAGUUAAAAACAGAAAAGCAUUUUUUAGGGCAUAUAAAUGUCACUGAAGAUGCC